AUGUCGUGGGACUCUCAGGCCUCGCUUUGUCAUCCGGAGAAAGUCCCCUUUUUGGUUCCGUCUUCCAGAGAGCAGCGGUCUGUAGGUUGGGAAAGUGGCGUUCUCCAACCUUCUCUGUCUUUUUCGUCGAAUCCUGCCGGCAACAGGAGCCUGUCGGGAGACUGCGCGUCUUCGCUCCCGGAAGCGUCUCAGCCAAGUCGGGCGAAGGCCCCCUGUCGCCUGCCAGCCUCGCCUGCACCCUACCCGCAAGACGCGUUCUCGCCGUCUUCCGUCUCUCUCGCGCCUUCUGAGUUCUCGCGAGAGGGAGAGGGUCGGCCUUUCGUCGAGUCGCACUUGCCUCUGUCUCCGCCCUCGCCCUCGCCACACGCCGUCUUCAGCCCGCUGCUACCCUUCUCGUCUUCUCUCGUCUCCUCGCUGACCUCUCCCGUGGACGCUCCGCCGCUGUACGAAGCGAGGGAAGACAGAGAACCGAGCAGGUGUACGUCCAGCCGAGAGCGCGGGGACGAGGCGGAGUGUCGGGCGAAGUCGCUGCUCCGAACAUUCAGCGACGACCGAGGCGACGCAGCCUCCUCGUCCGCGUUUUUCCUGCCCCGAAGACGGCCCGAGGCCUCCCGCGACUCUGGGCAUGGGAUCGCGCACCGCGUAGAGAGGAACGGCGAGCAUUUCCACUCUCUCUCGCCUGGCGUCUCGCCCUCGGGCGCCGAACGCGAGCCUGUUCGGUACGUGCACGCGUUAUUUUCCGGGUGUCCUACGGCCGACGGCAGAGCACAAGACAAGGCCACAGAGGCCCGCGACCGCCUGCUCUCGGCGCUUCCGAGCUCUGGAGCGGCGUCUCCCUCUAGAGGCGAAGAAGUUGCAAAGGUCUCUCGCCGAGGCCAUCCGAAUCGACACCACCAUAGGACAACAGACCACCUGAGUGCAGAGCUGCUCUACGACGCCCCACACGCGUACGCGAUCUCUUCUUUUCCGUCCCUUGGCGCCGAGCGCCUCAGAGAACCCGCCAGGGGCCGCAAACGCCGAGACAGAGAGACCACGCUGGACUUCGCGGCUUCUCGAGAAGGCGGCGCGUGUUUGGACUUCUACUCGCCCGGGGGCUUCAGGGAAGAGGCAGACGCCACCCCGCGAGAGCGAGGCAGGAAGAUCGCCGCUUCCGUCCCGCUUCGCGAGGCCCCCGGAAGCGCUCGAGAAGACAAAGUUUUGCCUGCAGGAACUGGGAGAGUGGUGGCUUCGAAGGAGACCAAGACAGGAAGAGGGCGCCGCAGACGGCGAGCGAGAGCCCGGCGACGCGCGGCGCGGCUUCGUCAGGCGUCUGGACACCUCACCCAGGAAGAGUGCCCGGAGGCGCAGCCGACAGACCGUUCGCCCGCUCCGGAAGAGCCAGGAGCAAAGGCUUCGCCGGGAGGAGACCCAGGCAGGAAAAAAAGAGUGAAAACUCGCGCAGAAGAGAACGGACAACCACGACCUGGCAUCGAAGGAGGUCCCGGCAGUUCGGCCGCCGCGCGCGGAGGGGCCCUCGAGAAGUCCCGGUUAUCGUCAAAGCUCGCACAGGGUGGUCAGGCGAGCGAUUGUGAAAGCGAGUCACGCGUCCUCUCUUCGUUUUAUCCGGUGUAUGCGCCUCCUGUUUCGUCUCCGCUGCCGUCGUACGUGUCCUCGUCUUCCGGUCUGUACUCUUCGUCACGCGGUGUCUCUUGGGCUCCACGGGCCCCCGAGGGUUUGGACCCUUCGCACGUGGAGCCGAUCCCGCCUCGCUACUUUUCCUGUUCGUCUCGUCUGCCGUCUUCGGUGUACGGGGAUCUCCCGUCCUCAGUUCUCUCCGCUGACCUGCCUUCUGUCCCGCCAGGUCCGUAUUUCGCUUCCUUCUCUGCGGCCCCGCCUUCUCUGUCUCCUAGCUCCCUUCCUUUCCUCUGUCCCUCGGCGCACGCCCCGCCGCUUCCCUUCAGCGCCUUCGGAGUGCCGCCGGCCCACUGCUGCGGCGCGAGGUGUAUCUCUUCUCCGCACUCUCUCUGUUCUGCCUCGUUGCCCAAGGGAGGCGUCGACGGCCCCGCUCUUCUCGGCUUCCCUCCCUGCUCGUUCUCGCACCCGUUCGGACCGGCUGUCUCCGCGACCGGGGCUGCGGCGAGUCAAGACCCCGCGGGCCUCCCCCCUGUCCACGGCCGCCUCCCGUCUGGGAUUUUUGUGCGCCCAGAGGACCGCUUCCGCCUGUGGAGGUACUGUCUGUGGCAGCUGCAGCGGCAAGCAGCGAGACGACGCGAGAAGCGAAGCGGAUCUGGCCGCAGACGCCGGGUGCGUUCGCGAGGGCGAAGCGACUCUUCGUGCUCCUCGCCUGGGUUGUUUUCCUCAAAGAAACGCCGCGCGCGAGAGAGAGGCCGCGACGGGGCGCGCGACCGGAAAAGGCACCGGGUGCGGGAGGCCUCGCGACACGAAACGGCGCCGGAUGCUUCCCAGAGACACGGCUCCCCGCCUGUAAAGGAGCGUCGUCGCUCGGCGCCUAGUCGCAACAGCCAACAGACACCAAAAGAAAGGGUUGGAGCCGAGACAGAGCGGCACGGGUGCUUGCGGCGGAGUGCGUCGGUGUCUUCUCGGACGAGAAGCGCGGGAGACACAGGGGAGAGACAGGAGAGAGACCGUCUCCAUCCCGGUGUCUUGACGCCGACUCCCGGCGCGCUAGGUGCGUUUUCGCCCUCUGCGCUCCCGGCAAGCGCCUGGGCGCCCUUGGGCCGUGUCUCCGAGGCCAGGUCAGGUGAGGAAGGCGAGAUGGGGGACACGUCGUCUUCGCGUUCUCGGCGCUCUCACAGGCGGAGACACGACUGGGGCGGAGAAGGAAGAAGGGAGCGGACAGGAGGCAGCCGAAGAAGUCGGACGCGGUACAAGGUGCGAGAGCAAGGGCGGUCGGCGAGUUUUCGGCCGCUCUCCGUGUCGGGGGGGACGGAGGAGGGCAAGAGAAAAAGUGGAGAGGAACGGACCAAGAGAAAGGCUGAACAUACACUCGGUUCAGGGGUUUCGUCGAUGUACCGCGUCGGCGUGUCCGACCGCGAAGAACCGUCCAACUCUCUGCCGAGCUCGCAGCGAGACGGCCAGGGACUCUCUUCCGUGCGCUCCACCGCGUGCGAGCGGGGAAGCGGCGCCUGCGCGACUUCGGGGAAAAGCGCGGGUCCGCGAGAGGGGAGCUGGAACGGAACCGCGUCUGUGCACAGACACCACAAACGGCGAGACGGACGCGGAGAGAGCGAAGGCGGGGAAGGCGACGAGCGGAGGGGCCGAGCGGACGAGAAGCCAGAGAAAGAGGGAAACCGCGGGAAUUUUGCGAAACGGAGCAAAGGGUCGUUCGCCUCUCAGAAGGAUCUCGGAAGAGAUCGGAAGCGUGGAGGCUCCCCGAAGAGGUUGCACAGAGACAGCGAAGCGCGCGACGAAAACGGAGACAGAGAGAACAGAAUCCGGGCCCAACGCCUCGUGCGAGGGGACGGAGCGUCUUCACGAUCCCAGGAGGCUGAUGCCAGCGACGGCCGGCGGGCCGUCCGCGACUCGCGGAGGAAGACUCGGCGCGGGCGUUCUCUCCGUUCAGAUUCGAGUUUCGCUCACGCUUCUCGGCAGGGCCAAGCAGCUUCGGGUCGAUCUUCGUCUUCACGGCGCGCGUCGAGGGACCGCGCGAAGCGCCGAAAAGACGAACGACGCGGACGAAGCGACGGGGACUCGUACCAUUCGCGGAAGCGGCGACGCGACGGGCGGUCGUCCCAGUCUGACCUGCGAGAGAGAAGCCCGAAGAGGGGCGAAGAGAGAGCGCGCGACGCGCGAGAGAGCCCGUUUCCCGGCGGCGCGAGAAGUCGCGGGGACCGCAGAGAGCGAGAGAAACACGAUGAGAAGCGAGGCCACGAACGCAGGAAGAUGUCGUGCUCGUCGAGGUCACCGCACAGGAGUCGCAGAGAGCGUUCGGCGUCUCACGGCGCGAGGCGAGAGAGACGUGAGAGGAAGGAGCGAGAGCGAAGGCGCGGCGAGAGCAGUUCCUCAGGGCGCAGUCGGAGGUACGAGAGAAGAAAGCGGCGGUACGGCGAGGACUCCUGCACGAGGUACGAGUCGUAUUCUCAGCGUGCCUUCUUUCCGCCGUCGCCGUUCUUCUACCCGAGUCGGAGGCCCUCGCAGUUUCCCUCGCUGCUCAUGAAGCAUCAUCGACCGCCCGUCGAGCGCUACAAAAAGCACUUUCGGUUCAGCGAGAUCUCGUGGCGUGAGAAACGCCAGAAAGACCGAGAGAAGAAGCAAGACCGCGACGAGAGAGGCGAGCGAAAGCGGGCGGGAACGCGCCGCCGAGACGCCGCCGAGAGGAGGCGCGCCAAGAAGAAAGAAAAGAAGGAAGACGCCGGCUCCAAAGACGACAUUGUCCACUUCGACUGGCGACCCGGAAUGUGGCUCAGCGACCGAUACCGCGUCCUCGACAAAAUGGGCGAAGGAACUUUCGGCCGCGUCCUGCGGUGCGCCGACGUUCACACCCAGCGAGACGUCGCAAUCAAGGUCGUGCGAGAUGUCUCUCGGUACACUUCGGCGGCAAAGAUCGAGGUGGACAUUCUUCGCGAGAUCAACGAGCGAGACGCAGGCUCUGUUUCUUCCUUGUCCCCGGCGUACUCUUCUUCCCACUGCGUGCGCCUCCACGACGCUUUCCUGUACAAGAGCAGGCACAUGUGCCUCGUCUUCGAGAAGCUCGGGAAGAGUCUGUAUGACCUUCUCACCGACAACCACUACCAGGGAUUCUACCUGGAAGAUAUUCGCAUCGUGGCGAAACAGUGCCUCAUCGCUCUGGCGUUCCUCCGAGUCUGUCGCCUCACCCACACAGACCUCAAGCCCGAAAACAUCCUUCUGCUGGACGACGUCCUCAUUCCAGUUCCUGCGCCGCGCCCGUCCAGCAGUUCCUCGUCGAAGGGCCGUUACCUGCGACCGGCGAAAGUCGGUGUGAAAGUCAUCGACUUUGGAAGCGCAACUUUCGAGGACGACUACCACUCCUCGCUCAUCAACACCAGACAGUACCGGGCUCCAGAAGUUAUUCUGGGUCUGGGCUGGGACAUGUCGAGCGACGUGUGGUCCUUGGGGUGUAUUUUGAUGGAGCUCUACACGGGAAAUCUUCUCUUCCGGACACAUGAACAUCUAGAGCAUCUCGCGAUGAUGGAACGAAUCAUUGGGCCGAUGCCGCCAAACAUGCUGGAGGCUGCUGUAUCGACAGACGGUCGCAGAUACCUCUCUCCGUCUUCUCUCGCGUCCAACCCGUCUGAGACCUUGGCGUACCCGCCUUUCUUUGAGGCUGGGGAAGACCGCGACAGACGGGACAAAGACAGAAGAGACGAGAGAGAACAAACUACUUCGCGUCUGCGUCUCCACUGGCCCGAAGGCGCCUCCAGCACAAACAGCGAAGAACGCGUCAGGAAUUGCGUUCCUCUCCAUGCACUCGUGCUCCCGCAUCACCGGGCCUUUGCGGAUUUUGUGUCCUCCCUGCUGCAAAUUGAUCCGCAAGCGCGGCCGACUCCGGGAGACGCGCUCCUUCACCCUUUUUUCGCGGCGGAUUUGACUGAGUAG